AUGGCGGCGGCAUCGGCGGCGGUGCGGAUGCUCCCCGACGGCGGCGCUGACGAGGAGGAGCGGUGGCUCGCCGAGGGCAUCGCCGGCGUCCAGCAAAACGCCUUCUACAUGCACCGCGCCCUCGAUUCCAACAACCUCAAGGACGGACUCAAGUACUCGGCGCAGAUGCUCUCCGAACUGCGCACCUCGCGACUAUCGCCGCACAAGUACUACGAGCUCUACAUGAGGGCGUUUGAUGAGAUGAAGAAACUGGAGAUGUUCUUCAGGGAGGAGACUCGCCGGGGCAGCUGCUCCGUGGUUGAUCUGUACGAGCUUGUGCAGCAUGCUGGGAAUGUCUUACCGAGACUCUAUCUCCUGUGCACGGUGGGAUCUGUGUACAUCAAAUCAAAAGAGGCUCCUGCUAAAGAUGUUCUUAAAGAUCUCGUUGAAAUGUGCCGAGGCAUUCAACAUCCUCUUCGUGGUCUUUUCCUGAGAAGUUACCUUUCUCAAAUAAGCAGAGACAAAUUGCCUGAUAUUGGUUCUGAGUACGAAGGGGAUGCGGAAAGUAUUAACGACGCAGUUGAAUUUGUUCUCCAGAAUUUCAUAGAAAUGAACAAACUCUGGGUCCGGAUGCAGCAUCAGGGUUCUGUCCGAGAAAAGGAAAAGCGUGGGAAGGAAAGAAAUGAACUGCGUGAUCUGGUAGGCAAAAACCUUCAUGUUCUAAGCCAGAUUGAGGGCAUCGACCUUGAUAUGUACAAAGAAACUGUUCUUCCAAGGAUUUUAGAGCAGGUCGUUAAUUGUAAGGAUGACCUUGCACAGUUCUACCUGAUGGACUGCAUAAUCCAAGUCUUUCCAGACGAAUACCAUUUGCAAACAUUGGAAACAUUAUUGAGCGCAUUUCCCCAGCUUCAGCCAAGUGUUGAUAUCAAAACAGUACUCUCGCAACUUAUGGAUAGAUUGUCUAACUAUGCUGCCUCAAGUCCUGAAGUGUUGCCAGAGUUCUUGCAAGUUGAAGCUUUUGCUAAGUUCAGUAAUGCUAUUGGAAAGGUGAUAGAAGCCCAACCUGACAUGCCAGUUGUUGGAACCGUAACUCUAUAUGUAUCACUUCUGACUUUUACUCUCCGUGUACAUCCUGAUCGGCUUGAUUAUGUUGACCAAGUGCUGGGUGCAUGUGUCAAGAAACUUUCAGGCAAAGCAAAACUUGAAGAUAGCAGGGCAACAAAGCAAAUUGUUGCACUUCUUAGUGCUCCCCUGGAAAAAUAUAGCAAUAUUGUUACUGCAUUAGAACUUUCAAACUAUCCUCGGGUUAUGGAUUAUCUUGAUAAUGCUACAACCAAAGUGAUGGCUGUGGUAAUAAUUCAAAGCAUAAUGAAAAACACAACCUGCAUAUCUACUUCUGACAAGAUUGAGGCACUAUUCGAUUUAAUUAAGGGGCUGAUAAAGGAUAUGGAUGGUGCUCAAGAUGAUGAGCUUGAUGAAGAAGACUUUAAGGAGGAACAGAACUCUGUAGCGUGUCUUAUUCACAUGUUGCACAAUGAUGAUCCUGAAGAGAUGCUGAAGAUCUUAUGUACUGUACAGAAGCAUAUACUUCAGGGAGGCCCCAAGCGUUUAACUUUCACUGUGCCUUCGUUAGUAUUCUCUGCCCUUAAGCUGGUCAGGCGAUUACAAGGCCAAGAUGGAGAUGUCACUGGGGAGGAUGUUCCUGCAACUCCAAAGAAAAUAUUCCAGAUAUUGCAUCAGACUAUUGAAGCACUUUUUUGUGUUCCUUCCCCAGAGUUAGCUCUGAGACUAUAUUUGCAGUGUGCAGAGGCUGCCAAUGACUGUGAUUUGGAACCAGUUGCUUAUGAGUUCUUUACUCAAGCGUUCAUUUUAUAUGAAGAAGAAAUCGCGGAUUCGAAGGCUCAGAUCACUGCAAUUCACCUGAUAAUUGGGACCCUUCAGCGGAUGAAUAUAUUUGGGGUGGAAAAUAGAGACACCCUCACUCACAAGACAACAGGGUACUCAGCAAAACUUCUCAAGAAGCCUGAUCAAUGCCGAGCAGUCUAUGCGUGUUCACAUCUUUUCUGGACUGAUGACCAAGAUGGGAUAAUGGAUGGUGAAAGGGUUCUCCUUUGUUUGAAGCGUGCCUUGAGAAUCGCAAAUGCUGCUCAACAGAUGGCUAGUGCUACAAGGGGAAACAGUGGAUCCGUAACCCUAUUUAUUGAAAUUUUGAACAAGUACUUGUACUUCUUUGAGAAAGGAAUUCCACAGAUCACAAAUACUGUGAUUCAAGAUUUGAUUGAAUUGAUUAGAACGGAGAAGCAAAGUGAUAACUCUGUAGCUGAUCCAUCUACAGAGGCAUUCUUUUCUAGCACUUUGCGGUACAUUGAAUUUCAGAAGCAGAAAGGUGGAAGCAUAGGCGAAAAAUAUGAACAAAUAAAGACAAGUUCAUGA